AUGUCUGCUUUUCACGACCAGUCAGCCCAAGGGCCGUCUGCCUCUGGCGGCGGUGCCCGUUUCAUGACACUUGACGAUAUUGCCGAGUCGCAGACGCUCCACACAAACAUGCGCUCGACAUAUAGCGCAAAAUGGGAGCCCUGGGAAGCGUUCCGAGAGCUGGUGCAGAACUGGCGCGAUGGAAUCAUCAAGUCCUUCAACCUCGAUGAGACCAAGUUUCGCGUGGAACGCGAAGAGAAAUUCGAUGGCUCCACCAUCAACAUCUUGUACAAGGCCUCUUCGGCAUCGGACUUUUGGCCGCUUCCCGAAUGUCUGGGCUACAUACGAUUUGUUGCGGAGGGUGCCACCGCUGCCGGCGUCGUUGAAAUUGUCAAUCGCCGUGCCACUAUUCAGCCUUUCCACUUCGACUUGGGUGGCACGACCAAAAGUGACGACAAGACCUUGGCAGGAGAGCAUGGCGAUGGCCUCAAGGUGGCUCUUCUGGUUUUGCUCCGCAAGCCUCAGGGUUAUGCGAUAAGUUGCAUAUCCGGCGGAUUCAUAUGGACUUUCAAAUUCGACAACCACGAUAAGCUGGUUGUGGAACUGCAACGCAUGUCCAGUCGUCAAAUCGAGUCAAACUUGAGAAAAGCAAAUGCAAACUGUGACAAGGAUCUGGUGCCGUUUGCGCCCAUGCCUUACGAGGAUGUGGCCUUCGGGAUUGGCUCCUCUGAUUCCGAUGACAUUAGACCCUCACUAUUCCGGGUCAGUAGAGUCGCUUUCGAUGGGUGGACUAAAGUCGCCCGCUUCUUGCAUGGGCCUCAAUCUUGUGGACAAAUCACAGUCUCGGAAGGUGAUCUUAUCACUGAUUCAGCGUUUCGCGGAAACAUCUACCUGAAAGGUCUGCUACUCAAGACCUCGAAGAAAGGUGAUUUGAGAGACGAAGACUCGGCAAGUAUCACAGGAAAGCCCCUGAAGUUCGGUUACAACUUUGCAAAUGGCGCCAUGAAUCGAGACAGGCAGUCGCUGGCUACAGCAGGGGAGGAAGGCGUAGCCAUCAGGUCUAUCUGGAACCAAGUCUUGUUUUUGAAGCCAGAUAUCGCCAAGGAACUCCAUGAUAUGCUUAACUCAAAGUUUCCAUUAUAUGCAGAUGUUGCCUGGUCUACGCAACACUCUCUCCCUCUAAUUAUCAAGAACAUCCUUGGACGCUACUUAUUCACUGCCCCUCAUGAUCGGAGAUGGUAUUACACGGCCUCAGAGGAGAGUCAGAACCGGAGACUGCUCAAGAUGAUCCAAGGCCUCGGCCGAGAGGGAUUCCUCCUAGAGAACACGUAUUGGCGCCUACUCAGCGACAAUGGGCUCGUGCGAACGGCUGCCGAGGAGCAGCAACGGCGUUUCUUGCAGGCCGGUGGAAUUGAUCCGGUUGCCAUGUACCUGAUCAACGAGAACAAGGUCCGGGUCCAUGUCGGCUGGCUCACGGCUGAGAGUGCAGCAAACGAGCUGGGUUUCCCUGUGGACUUCCCAACGACAGAUCUCAUAUGGAACACGGCCAAGUGCCUUAUCCGGGAUAUCAUAGAACAGGUUCCAGACAUUAAUUUUGGACCAGAUGCCAGGUUCCCCUACACCGCUGGCCGAUCACAGAAGCAGGUGAAGAACAUAGAGAAGAACUUGGUCGAGCAGAGGAUCAUGGACCACACGUGCCUCAAGAAACAUCUUCGGCUUUCAAUAUGCGAAGCGCAGCUCGUGGUCAGCUGGGUAUGUGAUGCGGCAUGGAACCACGCUGAGGACAUAUGCGUUCAAGUGCACGGUCAAUCUCACCGCGGGGACUUCAAGGAUACCCUCAUAUCAGGAGAUGCUUAUGGUAGAGGCCGACUUUGUCAAACUACCGGGACAUGCCAGACUCUCCUCGUCCGGUACGGUCAGCAGUCAUGUGCCUUCGCGGGAUUAAAAGAAGGCCAAGAGUACUUCGCGAUGAUUUUUCAUCCAUCCCGUCGUAAUUCCUUUGCCGUGUUCUCCGACACAACAUUCAAGAUUCCUCACUCAGCCCCGACCCCGGCACCGCCAUCUAGCCCGGCAAAGAAACGCAACGUGUUCGUGCUGGGUGAUGAGCUCGAAACUUUGGACGUCAUGCAGCCACGAAAAUGGCACGACGGUGAGAACGAUGAAGGCGUAAAGGCAGUCAUCGGGAUCCCGACAGAUAAGCCUACAGCGACGCUGUCGAGGAAGCGACAGCGAACUUCUAAGUAA